GAUCUCGAAAUUGUUUAUUUGCCAAUGCUAGUUUUUGAAGAGGCGCUCGACGGAUCCCAAAAUCGAAUUAAACCGAACUUUAGUUUUAAGGCGUUUGGACGGAGCGUCUCUCUGAAUCUGAAGCCGAACGAGAAACUAAUUUCCCCCCAUCUCAAAUCGUACAUUUACAAUGGUGGAAAAUUUGAAAGGGUGCCGUUUGCACCUGAAAGUUGCCAUUACAUACAUCGUGAUGAAUUAUUAACUGCGGCGAUUAGCAGUUGUGAUCCGAACUCAUUGCAAGGCUUUCUGUUUUUAAAUAAUUUCACUUAUGGGAUUCUUCCUUUAACACCUCAAUUACAUUCGGUAAUCACCUUGGCUAGUCCAUUGCUCUUUGACGCAGCUAGUCCAGAUAUCCAGGGAAAAGUUCCGCAUGUUGCGUACAGACUGAGUUCUUCGUCUAACCCAGUUCAGUUUAGAAAUAUCGUCAAGUCUAACCCUUAUUUAUAUGAUGGAUACGUAACUGAAGAUAGCAAACCAUUGGAAUUGACCGCAGAAGUCGCUCUGUUCUUCGACGCGGAAGCGUACCAAAAGUUUGCUCCUUAUUUCAAAGAAGAUGAAACCAAGUUAAGAGAAAUGCUCCUAAUUUACAUGAACGGGAUUCAAGCGUUGUAUCACCAUCCUAGCCUGGGAACAAAACUAGACUUUGUUCUAGUAAGACUGGACAUCAUGAAAACCCAACCUGCAGACCUACCCGACUUCGGCGGUGAACGAUCAAAGUUACUAGACUCAUUUUGCAACUACCAAAAGAAACUGAAUCCUACAAGUGACGACGAUCCUCAGCAUUGGGAUCUAGGACUUUAUGUUUCUGGCCUUGACUUGUUUGAACUCGACGAAACCGGCCAAGGAAGUACCGCUACUCUGGGAUUAUCCACAGUAGGGGGGGUAUGUUAUCCCCAAUAUGCGUGCAUAAUUGCUGAGAUGGGUGCUACGAAUAUAUUCGGCGAACCAUAUCCUAGUGCCGGAUUCUCAAGUGUCUACAUUUCAGCGCACGAAAUCGGACAUAACUUGGGAAUGCAUCAUGAUGGAACGAAGAACAACUGUCCCGUGGAAGGUUACAUAAUGUCUCCAUCUCGAGGUACCUCUGGUGAAACUCAGUGGUCGUCUUGUAGUGCCGAAGUAAUGGCAAACUUGUUAAAUUCAAAAUGUUUGCAAGACUUUACUGGUAUUCCCAACAAAAACUUAGACCAUUCCAUUCAUAAGGACUUGCCCGGCCAAGCGUUUAGCGCUAAAAAGCAAUGUGAGAUACUUUUACGCGACAAGGACGCUGUAGUGUCUCCCAAUCGAGAGCUUUCUAAACUAUGUGACAGUAUCGAAUGUAAAACACCAAAUCGUGGCGGUUCUUAUUUUGCCGGACCUGCAUUAGACGGGACCGAGUGUGGGAAAAGAAAGUACUGUUUUGGAGGGGAAUGUGUACCGAAAGCAUUAUCACUGGAUCGUCCGGUUACUUUGGACAAAUCCCCCAUGUCAAACUAUCCAAAGUGGAAACUUUUUGAGAAUCAAAUGUCCACGUAUGACUAUGCCUCACGACAAUGCAAACACUUUUCGAAAUUGCUGCCUUUUUUAAACUUGCAGGAAAUUGGUUUACAAAUUGGUCAUGAAGAAGAAAACCCAUGGAUGGCCUGUGCGAUAUUUUGCCAAAAAUCCGAUUUUAACGAUUACUACACACCGAGAGCGGAAUUACACGUUUUAGGACUCUCGCCGUAUUUUCCAGAUGGAACAUGGUGCCACAGUGAUCGAAAUGUUAAUUAUUUCUGUAGGCAGCACCUGUGUGUUCCCGAAGUGAGAGAACGCGUCUCUCAUUUCGUGCCAAUCAGCCCACAAAAAUCGCCUAUUUUGGAGCCAAACGUGGAUAUAUCAGACGAAAUGGAAGAGUUAAGUUCACAAAGAAUUGGAUUUUAGAAAUUGUUUACCUACUACCCAACAUCAC